AUUGCGACAUCUAUUUACAAUAAGAUGUGCUUUCAACCUCAUUCUUGCGUUUUCAUUCUGGCCGCAAGAAACGGGAAUGACGUCACUAUCUCCAUGUAUAAGAUGAGCGACUCACCAUAGCUCAAGAGGAUAGCAAGCUCAAACGACCUGCAGAGAGCUUCAAAUGUAUUUCACACUCUGGAAGAGCCUAGCAGUUGCUGCUGUGGCGAUACCAAUAGUCGAUGCCCACCUGAUCUACGCGUACCCCCUCUACAUCUUUGGCAAUUUUGCUGGUGCCGUCCUUCGAAACGUUUCUGUUAACCAAAUAUUUCACCAGUGCACACUUGCCGCCAUUGGUAGCUCCGCUGUCAUCAACCCCAAUGUCGAUACAGUAUACUCCCGUGCUGUACUCGGCUUGUCCACGCACGAUGUUAUCCUGAGCAUUCCUGAGGUCACCGAUCGGUACUGGGUCUACCCGGUCUAUGACUCCUUCGGCAACACAAUUGCCACAAUCGGUAUUGUUAACAACAACACAGCAGGCGAUUACCUCAUCAGACGUGCAGAUGAUGUUGGUGGAAAGCCUGGAUUCUACAACGACAGCUCCAUUGUCCAAUCCGGCAUUGACAGCCUCCAAGAAACUACCAGAUACGCUGGCGUCGUCAACCUGCCAACAACAUAUGGCACCAUACUUAUCCGUUAUCUGGUGCUGCAGAAUACCACCUCUGAUCUAAAUAUUAUACGGAAAUAUCAGAACGCAUCUUCGUUGACAGAAGUUCCACGUGCAGCAUCAUAUGCGCCAUCACCACCCAACAAUGCUUCGCUGUCUAGUCUAGCACCCAACAGCUCUCUACUCGGAAUCGACACACCAGCUAAGCUGCUUGACUUCGCUUCUCGCUUUGUCUUGUACAAUCAACCAGAGGUCGUCUCUGAGCGUCAAAGAGUUGCCGGCAAAGCAACGAGUGGCAACUUUCUACUGAAGCCUAUCAAGGCAACUUUGGAAAGAACUACGCCCAUCGCUGGCUACCAGCAACUUCCUGCACAACAAGUCCUUUACCCAGGCUACCGUAGCACAGGAUUUACCAGCCAAUUCUCACUCGCACCGAAUCAGUCUCUGCUCUGGACGUUCAGCGGCAAGCCACCAGUACAGGCCCAAGAUUUUGGCUUCUGGUCCGUCACCGUAUAUGGCGACGAUCAGUAUCUGAUACCGAACCCCAUCGGACGGAGCUCGGUGAGCGAUCGAACCUGGAACUUGACGUACCAGGGCACGAAUCAAACAAUAUAUGGCCCGAAUGCAAAUUCCACAACGAACGGACCUUUCCAGAUUCUGCUGCAGCCUUCCGACAUCCCACCGCCGGCGAAUUGGACCAGCAACUGGUUGCCCGUUUCUAGGAAUUUUUCCUUCAUCACUCGCUGGUAUGUCCCGUAUCCAGGCCUUACAAAUGGUUCGUAUGUCUAUUCAAAGAUAGAGACAAUCAAUGCUAUUCGUUAAGCUGGCACUGGGUAAUUCGACUCGGUAUAACAAAUCUUGCGCCAAAGUCCUGGACAUUGGACACGUAGACAACUCGUUAGCUACGAAGAUGUAGGCAAACACUUUCGAAAAUUCUCAACUUCAUCGUAU